UUUAGAUGCCCCUUCAGACUUUGGACUGGGGACCCAGUUCCUGGUCCCUGCUAGAACCUUAGCAGAAUGUGUUUUUGUUUCAGUGUUCCUCUGGGGUGCUUCAUGAAUCAGACAGGUUGAGGAUGGACUGUCCCAGCUGCAGGAAGAGCACCUGUUCCCAGUGCAGAUCACCAUGGUCAACUCACCAUCAGGGACGGUCCUGUGAUGAGUUUAAGGUGUGGCAGCAGCAGAACCAGCAGGAUGAUCAUCCACCUUCCAUGCUCCAAAACCUUAUCGAAUGUCCCAGCUGUCAGUUUGUCUUCAGCCUGUCAAAGGGAGGAUGUCUUCACUUCACCUGCACCCAGUGUCGCCAUCAGUUCUGUGGCGGCUGCAGACAGCGCUUUUCUCUGGGUUCUGAAUGCAGCUUCUCUGCUCAGUGUGGCUCCAAAGGUCUUCAUGCCCACCACCCCAGGGACUGCCUGUACCACCUUAGAGACUGGAGCGUGAGCCGUCUGCACCAACUUCUGCAGUAUCACAGAGUAUCUCCUUCCUGGUGGAGACCAUCCCAUGGCAGCUUGACUCCAUCCAGUAUGACAGCAUGUCCGAUGUUAGAGCUACGAGACAACAGCUUUGGGACUAAGGAAGAACCAUGUGGACGACCGGCGCUGUCUGAGUUCGGAGGAUACUGCCAGGGUCACUAUAAAGAGCGACUGGUGGAGCUGAUCAACCAUUGGCGUGUCGACCCAGCAGUCCUUUUCAGUCCUGCAGAGAUGAUUGCAGAACUACAGCGAUGGAACAUUGCCAUGCCAACAAGGAAGCUUGAAGAGCCAGAGCCAGUUUAUGCCCACCGCCUGCGGCUGGUUAGUGAUAUCAUUAUAACCACUGUUUACCUGGACCUAAUUGAGCAGCUGCACACAGUUAUAAUAACAAUCAGCUUUCAAAGAUUCAGCACUUGUAGGAAACACACUCGUAUCUUCCUGAAACCACACCUGAACCUUCCACGAUCCACACCUGGACCAUCCUGAAACCGCACCUGAACCCUCCAUGAUUCACACCUGGACCAUCCU